UCUUUAAUCUACCUGUGUAUGGGAAUAAGCCAAAGCCAACAAAGACCAGGUCACGUGAUUUAAACAUUUCUAAUGGAGGAUUGAAAAAUAUUUGAACAUGACAUUUUAAGGUUUGGAUACUAGGUUGUGAACGAGGAAUAUGGAGAAAGGUUGAUUCGUAAGAAAGAGGAACAGGUGAAAAUAUCCAACAACAAGUGACGGAAUGGUUUAGUAAAAAAAAUAUUGAGAGAAAAAAAGGAUAUCCAAAACUAUGCUGUUUUCCUUGGGAGUUUUAAGGGUAUAUUUCGAUCCUGGUUUAAUCACCAUAGUAUGGUAAAGUGGAAUUGUUCUGAGAAGACACUGCGCUAUGGUCUAUCUCUGCCCUUCGUACACAUCAUGUUAUUGCGGUUUGGAGUCUUUCUGUGCAUACUUGGAGCCGUUACCCAAACGGCGGGGGCAUGUGCCCCGUGCCCCAGUCUGUGUUCCUGUGCCCUCAGAUCCGGCACCACCGACGAGUGCGAGGUGGACUGUCAAGGGAGGGGUCUCAAGUCGUUACCGACGGAAGCGGAACUGCCCGCUUCAUCAAUGUGGAAAAUUGUAAAGCUAGUUAUGUCAAAUAAUGACAUUAAGGAAGUGCCAAGGAGUAACAUAAGUUUUUUGACGAACCUGCUAGACUUAAGUCUGCAGGGGAAUAAUAUUAGUUCGAUAGAAGUCGGUACAUUCAAUGAUCUUACAGACCUCAUCACGCUAGAUUUAUCAUCCAAUCAUAUCUCUGAGUUCUCCAACAACAUCUUCAAAUCAUCUCUUAACACCAUCAAACACCUAAACAUCAGCCAUUUAGAAUUAACAAGUCUCAAAGAAAAUUUCUUAAAAGAAUUAUGGCACAUUGAAACAAUUGAUGUGAGUUACAACAAGAUUGACACCCUCUCAACCAAUAUGUUCAGACAAAACAUAGUUCUAAAGAAAUUCAUAAUCAGUAACAAUGAUUUGAGUUCACUGGAUUUGGACGACCAGAGAGUAUUGUAUAUGGACCUGUCCUACAAUAAACUAACCAGUGUUUCAGCUACAAACUUGGUGACUACGUUAUUACAGUUGGAUCUGACAGGGAACCUGAUAACAAGUAUGGAUCCUGCUGUGCUGGAUCAACUGCCAAAUCUCCAAAAUUUAAGUUUGGCAGGAAACCCAUGGGAGUGUACCUGUAGUCUCAAAGUGUUUUACGAAAAGCUCAUCGAGUUGGAGACUUCCUCUGGCCUUGUUCUAGUCGACAAAGAGAAUAUCAGGUGCAGCAAUAUGAUGGAUGUGCCAAUGUUUAAUCUGAACAGUACUGCCCAUUGGUCAUGUCUUUGCAAGACAAAGCAAAAUCCUGCAUCAUGCCUGGCCAAAAUUAGAUUAAGACGCGCCCCUGUGUCAAAUUGUCAGUACACAUUGCGUUAUGUUCCUCAACGUCGGCGAAAAUUCCGGAAAAUCAUCCAAAAAUAUUUAGUAAUGCAUGCUAGAAAAAAGCGUUCAAAGGGUCCGGAUACCUUUGCUUCCUGCUACAAUGACUUGGAGGAAGAUAGAAAGGUGCCUGUUUCGUUUUCAUCCAGUGCUACUACAUCAGUUGUUCAAGACUGCAUUGAAAACUGUUUCGACAACAAUGCCACUUAUGGUGUAAUUGCAUCAGGAGUGUGUCUGUGUGGGAAUGAGUUGAUAGGGUAUGGAGACUGUUACUGCACCUCAAAAACUUACAGCAGUAACGAUAACAUACAAUGUUCAGGAACCUUAGGUACCAUCACCAAGACUUAUGCCAGCGAUGUGUUCCAGGUUAAGAGUGGACUGAAAUUUGAUCCUGUAGGGACUAUCACGGCUGGCCAGUCAUACAUGUUCACAGCUCGUGUGAGUCUUCGGACCAUCAACUCUUACACUUGGUAUUUUGGAGAUACUGCCAUACCCCAGACAAAGAUGGUCUCCCUGCAGUAUUGCUCCAAUUCCUACACAUACUUGUUGCCAGGAACUUACACUCUUACAGUGGGAAUUCUCUCCACUCAAGGAGGGUACUCUUCUGGAUCUAUCACGGUGGAUGUAGUCCCCCCAACAGCACUGAUAACUCCCUCCAUCCAGAGCCCUGCUUAUGUUGACUAUGAAUCUAGUGCAUCAGCCAUUGCAGCUGUGUUUACCAUGGCUCACAAACUGGAGUACACAUGGAGCAAAUCUCCAGAUGACAACAUUACCUCCAUUUCAGGUGGUGGAUGCAACAGUUUACAAGAGUACCACGGCAGGUGCUUGGCGUUGGCUACUGGUGUACACACCCAUACCCAAGGUGUCUCACAGUGCUCACCAGACAUGAUGUUGUCCAUCCAUUUUCCUUCAGAACUAACUUAUGCUCUCACACAGUUUGGAGGAUCAGUAACUAAUGGAAUAUAUUUGGAUGCCCAAAAAUCAGGAACAGAAUACUAUUGGAGCUCUGGUGCAAAGGCAUACUUCACUACCACAGAUGUUACAAAUGCAGGCUUGGGAAAUUGUGUAUACAUAUCCAAGCUAACCAAUGACCUACAAGGCACAGAUUGUAGCAAUACAUACAAUGUCAUAUGUCAGAGCAAACCCAAACAGUGUCACUCUGGAGGCUCUCUAUACAGCAGCAAUGACCAUUGCUACAAGGUGCUGACCACUACCCAGAGCUGGGCCACAGCCGAUGCAGCCUGUACAGCCCUUGACCCCACAGCCCACCUAGCCAAGAUUGACUCGGCAGCCUUACAAAGCUUCUUGUUAACAAAUGUGGUGACAUCUGGAGAGGUUUGGACAGGGCUUACAGAUAGGAACAUGGAGGGUAUGUUACAGUGGGAGGAUGGUGAAAUCUGGUCAUCCUACCCCGUAGUAGUGGCCUCAGAGGUGGACUGCUUCAGUAUGGAUUCGGCUGGAAGCUGGCAAUCCAAGAGUUGCACUGUUCAACUGCAAGCUGUAUGUGAAUACAACAGUCGAGAAGUGGCCAGUGUUCCAACAUACGUGGCAGGAACCGCCCACCUGAUGACCACACCAUAUUCACUGACCACAUUACAAUCCAGUACAACCCCUCAUGUGGCAGAUAGAAAUAUCAUAUAUCUAUUUCCUGGACUCUGGAUCAAUAGAGAGGGAAAGGCUAGGGCAUGGAAUUUCCGCACCUCUGUUGGAAGAACAGAGACCAUUGCUGUUACCUUAAUGGUGUUGGAACCAGUUUGUCAGUCUCCAAAUUAUUUCAUGCCUCCAGGGUGCAAUCAGAAUGGAGGUUGGUUUGGAUCAUGUGUCAAUUCGGCAACAACUUGUUCUAAGACAUCGUCUUGUGCCAGCAAUGAGGAUUACUGUUUGAUCUAUGAUUCCUGCAUUCCAAAGACUGAUCCCUGUACAUGUAGCAACAGAGGGUCCACUUACUUACAUUGUAUCAAUACAUUUGUUGGCAGCUCUCAACCAAAGUAUCGUAUAAGGGGACAAACCUAUGUCAAUCUGCCUCCAGGAGGGGAGGUGGAGUAUAGUGUGCCAGCCACAGGGUUUACUGUGUAUGAAAAUGAUGUCUUGGCAUUCGCUACAAAUGCUUCUGUAGAAGUGAUCAAAUGCGAUUCCAGCACUAGCUCGGAUUGGAACCAGAACUAUAACGAAAUUCCUCAAACUGCUUGGCUGAAUGUAAAUGAUGAGGUAACAUUGCAAUCAUUUUCACCAACCUCACAUGUUUGCUAUUUCAAUUUGAUGUACACUUCUGUACAACAGGAGAGUCUGCCGACCACACUGCAGUAUUUCACAAAUCCUGACAAUUACACUUAUACUCUUAAUGUUCCUACACUGAGUGGAAGCUCUCAGACAGCGACUAUCAAGUCUGAGGAAGAAGUGGGAGAAAUCACAUGGAUUAACCCUGCCAUGCAGUCCUCAGCUGUCAAUGUGUUGGAUAACUCAGACACCUAUUUUGUGUUUAGAGUAACUAAAGGUACACAUCUAAUGGCCAACUGGACCAAGGAUGGAGUUGUUACCUCAGCUGCUUUUGAGAGUUCCUGUCCAUCAGCCAUUGCUACCAAGUAUCCCACAGAGUGUUCCCAAGCUAACCACCGUCCAUAUGUCUUUUCUUCCCAGUUGUACAAGUUCCUCAGAAGCACUGGAGUCUCUCAAAAUAUAACAGUGUUGGUGUACAAUGACUUGUCUCUGCAGAAGAGCAAACAAAUUACUGUCAAUGUGCUGCUACCCUUAUCAGGUUUAAGUGUGUAUUUGGAAACCCCAACCACUGAUAAUAUCGUUGAAAUUGGAUCUCCAACCUCAUUUGUUACAAACAUUACAAAUGGCUCACCCACCUCCUACAGCCUGAGUUACAAUGGAUCCACUGCUGUUUCAACUUCCAGCUCCUCUUCUAUAUCUUACACCUUCACAAGCAAAGCAGUUUAUCAGGUUAUGGUAACAGCUACUGAUGGACUUACCAAUGUCUCUGCAGAAAUUAGAGUUAAGGCCAGAUACAAAGCUGGAAUUCAGGGUCUCUCAUUUACAAAUCUGGGGAAUAAUCUGGCUGCCAAAUACACAUACAAUUUUGUGGCCACAGCAACUGCUAUGGUUGGAGCAGUAGUGUCUGUCACCUGGGAACAAGAUAAUACCACUCUACAGACCUCAAAUACAGUCGUUGGGUCAUCAGCAUUCUCAGCCUCAAGAGACUUUACUUUUGCAUCAGCUGGAAAUUACUCUGUCUAUAUUAUCAUAACUGAUGAAUUUGAUGUGAGUCAAAAUGCAUCUGUGGAUGUGGAAGUAAUUGAUCCUAUUGAAAACUUCUAUCUUCAGGCAAUCAAUGUCUAUGUUGAAACAGGAAAGAAAGCCAAGUUUUCACCUAAAAUGGAUUCAGCCCCACGAACACAUGGAUUGAUCUAUUACACCUAUAACUAUGGUGAUGGCAGUGCUCUGGAUGAAAAUGUUACGACCACAACCAAGCAGCAUACAUACACUGCAGCAGGAGAAUAUAAUGUGUCCUGUGUGGCUACCAAUGGACCAAGUACUGCCUUUGAUGCCGUAAUUAUUUAUGUGCAAGACAAAAUCAGCAACUUUACAGUGGAUGGGGAUUUAUAUGUUCUUCUUGAUAGCCAACAAAAUUACACAGCUAGUGUGACAGGGGGUACUGGCUUGACUUUCAUGUUUAGAAUUACCAGUUUGUCGUUUGACACAGGAUUUACUCCCAACAAUGUUUGUUCAUACACAUUUACUACUGCUGGAACCUACAGCUUGUCAAUAUCUGCCAGAAAUGACAUCGACUUCCAAACUAUAAUAUUGGAAAUUCAUGCAGUGUCUGCUAGCACAUUGGUUAUCCAAUCUCUAACAUAUGAUAGAUAUGUGGAACAGAACUCUGAUGUCAGCUUGAACAUGAGCUUGAUCCAUCAUGAUGCCAGUCAAUUAAAUAUAUCCUGGAACUAUGGGGACUCUGUCAUAGAGAGUGGUGUAGGUAAAUUGUCGGCCACACAUAAUUACUCCACAGCUGGUGAUUACAACAUCACAGUCACUGCAACUGAUACAUCCAUUUCCAACACAGUUUCUAAAAUAGUACCAAUAACAGUGGCUCGAAACAUUCAAGGACUGUCAGUGGUUAACAAUGGACCAGGCAAGAUCAACUCCACAACCGGUGUUACCAUUACCAUCACUGCAAGUAUAACUGAUGGAACAAACCAGAAGUUUGUCUGGACAUACAACAGUGUGGAAUAUGACACUGGUUCAACAAACUUCAUCCUGCUGAAUUUCACAUCAGUGGGAACUUACACUGUGUCUGUCAAUGUGUCCAACCCCAUCAGCUCUGAAACAGCCACCACAAGCUUCAGUGUCCAGGCCAUGGUUGAGGAUUUGAGUCUUUCCUGUGCUACCUGUGUUGUUGAUGGCAAUGGUAACUACUUCUUAGAGGCAGCCAUUUCUACUUCAUUUACAGCUACCUAUACAGGUGGUUCAGACUUGAUGUUCAUUUUCAACUUUGAUGGAAGUCCAGCCACUGCUCAGAGUUCCUCCAGUCUCUCCCACACGUACAGAGCAGGGAACCGAACUAUGUCCAUUAUUGCUUAUAAUGAUGUCGACAACAAAAGCAUAUAUGUUCCAAUUGCUGCUCAAUCUCGAAUAACAAGUGUUCAGUUUCCAUCUUCUUCUGUAAUGCCAACCAUUGCUCUGGUGAAUGAGACCAUGACUUACAGCAUGAUAGUCACAGGUGGUUCAGAUGUGAGAUAUGUGUGGAAGUACUGUGCCACCUGCCCCGAAAUACACACUGACACACUCAGUAUCACCAAUCCUGGAUACUCGACUGCUGACCACUACCAGCUGAAUGGAACAGCCUAUAACAUGAUAAGUGUCAAGUCAGCAACAGUCCAGAUCACGGUUGUCAAUCAACUGACUAGUGUUGUCUUAGUUUCAGACCUAAUAGCAGACAAGUAUGCCAUCACAGGAACUGCAUAUACUUUUUAUGCACUCCCAAACGUAAACCAACCGCCAAGUUCCAAUUCUUACAAGCACUAUGUGACUCUUCAAAGUAAUUUUUACUCCACCACACCAUCCAGCACAGACCAAAAUUUCACACAUCCAUUUACAGUUCCAGGGGACUAUAAACUCAAAGUAGAGGUUGACAAUGUUAAAUCGAAUGCCGAUUCAGAAAUCUUAAUUCACGUGCAAGAUCAAGUUUCUUCUCCCACUCUGGCUUCCAAUGUGUCAUCAGCUAUUGCCACAGGGUCUGCUGCUCGCUUAACUCUAUCAGUCACAUCAGGGUCUGACAGAGAAUAUGAGUGGUCUAUAGAAGAGAAUGGAGUAUCUCAAACUUUGCCAAGUGUCUCCAGUGUCAUGGAUUAUCUCUUUUCCACCAAAGGGAACUUCACAAUCAGAGUCAAUGUUUCGAAUAUUGUCAGCUGGAAAAUAGCAACAUACCAUCAAGAAGUUAUGGAUGCCAUUGAAAAUGUGUCUUUCUCUAAUGACAUCAACUCAACAACAUAUCCAUAUGUUGCAAAAGGAAAAGAUGUGACGUUUACUUUGAUCAUUGGUAAAGGAGAUGCUUAUACAGUGACAUGGAGCAUUAUUGAUUCUACAAACACAAUUAUAACCACAAGGAUUGGGACAACUUUCAUUUAUGCAUUUACAUCAGCAGAAACCUACACAGUGCGAAUGAAAGUGCAAAAUGCUGUCAGUUCUAAGCAGACAGAAAUUGUUGUUCAUGCACAAGUUCCACUGAACAGUCUAGUGUUAAGCCCAGGAAAGUCUGUUGCUAAAACUUCUGAAUCCAUUGAUCUUGAUGCAGUACAUAAUACAGAUGCAACACAUCUCACCUACACCUGGACCAUAGAGGGCUCAACCUCAAAUACUGUAGGAAAGACAAAGGCUUAUGCAUUUUCAUCUGCUGGACGAUACACUGUGUCGGUAACAGUCAAUAACAGAUUGGGCAGCCUAACUGCAGAGACAGACAUAAUAGUGCAAGAUGUCAUCCAGAAUCUCUCGGUGUCUGGUUGUGAUAUAGAAGCUGUAGAAGACACUUCCCUGACAAUGCUAGCUACCACAACAGCUGGUACAGAUGUGACCUACCAAUGGGAAGUCAUCAACGGAGCAACCCACACUGGAGCUAACUUUUCUACCAUAUUCGACACCACAGGAAAAUACUCAGUCACUGUCAAUGCCAGCAACUUAGUUGAUUCCAAAGUUUUUACAUGCCAGAUGACAAUCAUUGGGAUUAUUUCUAACCUGCAUAUUGAUAUGAGCCAUUCUGUGCUAUUUGUCAACUACAGCACACAGUUUGUGGUCGGAGGCAACAAUCUGGUCGGUGUGGUGUACAACUGGACUUUUAUUGGUCCAGUUACAAUAAAUUGGAUUGCAAAUAAUAACUUUCUUCUCAAGAAGUUUGCAGAUGCAGGACAAUACACAGCUACCUUGGUGGUGUCCAAUUCAAUCAGUCAGGCCUCAAAGAGUGUGGAGUUUGUGAUCAAGCCAUUGACAUGUGACGCUCCAGCUGUGGUGGCACUCGGUAAUGCAGUACGCACUAUUUACAAAUCAUCACCUUUGGCUUUUGAACUGGAUGUGGAUAUGUAUGGAUGUAUGGAUUAUACCCUCAAAUACACCUGGGAAAUCAAUUCAGCUUCAUCUGCAUCCUGCAGUGUCACCCUGACGCCAUUUUCAAUGCCAUCUUCAGUGUUUUCUUCCAGUUCAAGAUUAUCCAUUCCUGGAAAAACAUUGCCUUAUGGGGAUUACUGCAUCAAAGUUUCGGCUCAGUAUGAGAACACUCCUCUGAAGGUCAACAAUGAAUACACUGUUACUGUGAUUGAGUCUCCUCUUGUUGCCCUCCUUGCUGGUGGUAAUGAUCUGAUCGUGUCCAAUCUAAACUCAGUAACACUUGAUGGAACCUCCUCUUACGACAGAGACAAUGAUAAUACACCCUUGACCUAUGCCUGGACCUGCUCCAUUACCUCUGGAAGUACAUCUCCAAGUGCUUGCUCUGAUGUGACAGCUUCCACUUCAGGAACGGUCACAAUGAACAAAAACAACAUGAUUGCAGGGCAAAAGUAUUCAGUGACUCUGACAGUGUCCUCACCAGGAAGAACAUCUGGAUCAACCUCUGUAGAGGUGGACAUAACUGGAAGUGAAGUGCCCUUGGUAUCAAUACAAUGUAUCUCCUGUUCUGCUGCAAACCAUCAUGUGAUUCAACCUGGAGAUCUGAUCAUGCUGGCAGGAGCAUGUUCUAACUGUGCCUCAGCAACCAGUGUGACCUACACCUGGACUGCAAGCUAUGACACUAACACCUUCACUCUAGACUCCACUACAACCUCCACUGGAAAUGAUAAAAUAAAUCUGGUCAUAAAUUCUGGCCAAUUGCCAGCAGCCUCAGUGUACACAUUCCAACUACAGGUUCAGAUGACAGUUUCAGGCUCUGCCUCAACUGGUUACAGUAAACUGAAACUUGAUGGCAAUGCAGCACCAAGUGGAGGCUCAUGUACUGUGACCCCAACCACUGUCAAAUCCUUAGAAGACCCAGUGACCUUCUCCUGCAAUAGCUACAGUGAUCCAGCCAACCCAACAACAGAGUUGUAUUACAGAGUUAAGUCGUACAGUGCGGAUGGGAAAGAGUCAGUGGGCCUAUACUAUGGUAGCUCAAAAACUGACAAGAUAUUUGUGGCUCCAUGGCCAGGAACCUCCAGACACACUGUCCAGAUCAAAGUUUUUGUUGAGGAUGAACAUGGAGCUCAAACUGAGGCCCUUGUCCAGUCUAUUGGAGUUACAGCACCGUCUCUCAGCUCUACAACAUCAACUGAAUAUAUCUAUUCCCUGGCAAACAGCACACUUGCUAACUUGGUGAUGGAGAACAAUCCAGUUGUGAUACUUCAGUACUGCAUUGCAUUGGUCCACGAGAUCAAUGAACAGUCACGUCAGGUGACGUCUGCCAAUACAAACUUGGAACUGGGACUAAGGACCAAGGUCAGGAAUGCCAUUACACUGGCAGCCAUGGGGCUACCAUUAGACUCUAUGCAUGAAAAAGAACAGACAGCUUUUAUCCUUGAGCAUCUAACAAAAUAUGGCACUGAAUUCCAAACUAAAGAAUCUCAAGUCAUUGCUCUAAACCAAAUUGAUACCUUGAAAUCCUCCAUGAGUAGCACUCAGGGUGUUAAUGACAAUUCACUGUUGACCAAUCACCUCAUGGCAUGUAUCUCCAACCUGAUGGAUGCUGCCAAUGCUGGUGUAUAUGAUGCAGACUCUGUGAUCAAUUCCACCAAGUCUCUGGAAGCCUCACUCAUAACAUCCUUCAAAGCUAAUAUAAGUUCAAGUGAUACCCAGUCUGCCACGAGAUCAGACGAAGAACACAAGAAAUUUAUUGUCAACAAAGCUUUUGAAAACAGUGAAGAAAUUGUCACAGUGAAUGUGAGAAAUCAAAUUUUGGGACAGAAUGCUAUUGAGGUUGGAGUAAGUGGGAUCAAGUUCUAUGGACAACGUACCAGAAGCAAUGAGCCAUCAACUCUGUAUCAAACAGGGGGAAUAGCUGUACAAGUCAGUAAUGAUAUGCUGGAUGGAAUCGUUAGCACUGGAACAGAGGUCCUGCAGAUAAUCAUGGGAAUAUCUCGAAAUCCUUUCACCUGGGGCUAUUCUACUUCACAAGUCAAUUCCAAGAUAAUGACCAUGUCUUUCAAGGACACUUCUGGUGCAAACCUUGCUGUACAAAGCCUGACUGAAUCCAGGUCUCUGAAGUUCCAUCUCCCAGACAGCUCAACAGCGGGUUACUCCAAUAUCGAUGCUGGUGGAUUAAUUUCUAAUGCUGCUUAUGACCCUUCAGAAGGUCUGACCAUGGCCACAUAUGAAAUUGAGAAAAGCACACAGAAGAAAAUCAACAUCAACACUGCAGGAGCCCAAUCGGGCCAUGCCUUGCACAUCCAGCUUAAGAUAUCAUUGGUCAAUGACAGCCUGCAGACUCCCUUAGACAAGAUAGAUUUCUAUCUGGGCAAGGGAUAUGAAGCCACAUCUUCAACUUAUGAACAGAAAAUGACGAUAGAAUCCUCCCACAUGACAACUGGAAUGGAUCAUACAAACUACACCAUGUUCAUAGACUCCACUUCAUUUGAUCCCUCUGCCUCCUACACAAUCACCGUCUACAACGAGGACCAAAACUUUGCCUACAAUGUCUCGGCAGCAAUAUAUAUGUCAUCCUGUGCAUAUUAUGAUCCCAGCGGGGACUCUUGGAGUAGGUCAGGCUGCUACCCCACAGCAGAAUCCCUGCCCAUGUACACCACUUGUACGUGUAACCACUUGACACCUUUUGGAGGGAGCAUGUUGGUACCACCAGAUGCCAUCAGCUUUUCAGACCUUGUUAACCUGGACCUUUCCAAUAACCCUGUGGUGUUUAUAACCUGUUCUGUCAUCUUGGUCAUCUAUAUUGUCACUGUCAUUGUUUGCCGUCGGAUGGACAAAUAUGAUCUGGAUAGGAUUGCCACUGUACCAUUGUGUGGAAAAGAUGGCUCCUUCAAGUACCAGAUAACCGUGGUAACAGGAAAGAGCCGCGGAUCAGGAACAACAGCCCAUGUUGGAAUCAAGCUCUACGGAGAAUACGGAAAAAGCAAAGAACGACAACUCCACAAAGAUGGAGCCUUUCAACGUAACUGUGUCGACUCAUUCUUCAUUGCAAAUGAUUCCAACCUGGGAAAUGUCCACAAGAUCAUGAUUUGGCAUGACAACUACGGUCUUGAACCCAGCUGGCAUCUGAUCCAAGUCAUCAUUAGAGACAUGCAGACCGAGAAGAAAUACUACUUCUUUGGCAACUGUUGGAUGACCUUAGAGAAGAAGCAAGGUUACAUACAAAAAGAGAUCAAGGCAGCAGGUUCCUCUGAAAUCAGAAGAUUCUCCCGAAUGUUUAGUCAUGCAGUAUCCAACAGCAUGGCUGAUCGACACCUGUGGGUGUCCGUCGUAGACCGUCCAGCUAACAGUCGAUUCACACGUGUACAGCGGGCCACCGUCUGUGUCACUCUCCUGUACGUGUUCAUGGGUGUGAAUGCCAUGUGGUACGGUGUGCUGAAGACCACCAACACAAGCGACACCAGUCAGGGGAUUUCCUCGUUUGGAUGGGAGGAAGUAGUCCUAGCAUUCCUGUGUAACAUUAUGGUGUUUCCCUUCAGUCUCCUGUUGAUAUUUAUCUUCAAGAAGAGUAGAACAAAGACAACUGAGUUUGACCCUCGACCAAUGACAGCUAGGACUAUAGAGAUUGAGAAUGACAUUGAUGGAUCUCAGUACAGCUCAUCUUUCCGCUCGGAGUCCCAGAGUGACCUUCUCUCUUGUAUGGAGAGAGAGAGCACGAUAGACAGUACAAUGAUUCAACCCACCCAGCCAUUAAGGAAGACCAAGACACUGAAGACAACUCGUAAAGGGGUGGAGGAAACAGCUGUGAAGGUUCCCCUGCCGGAAGGUGCUGAAGGGGGAUACCCAGAAAAGUCAAGGUUACAGUGGAAGAGGACCAAUAAUCCCAGGAUCUGGAACGAUCAGUCUAUAAUGGAUAGCUGGCCUGAUAGAAUCCCAAAGUAUAACGACAGACAGACCACACCCAAAAUCGGACAACGUAAUCCUGAGAAGGAACAAGAAGUUCAAGAAGCUGCUGAUGAUAUUCUGAAUUAUCUGGACUGUGUAGAGCAGGAUUUAAUGGCUAAAGAAUCUAAGAGGGCUCUUCAAGGCGGAGGGGCUGCUAAACCAGUGACCAGAAAAUCCACUUUGCAUCACAAGAAAAUGGAUGAUCUGGAUGACCUGUUAAUUGAUGAGGAUGUAAAACACAAGCACAAGCCAAUCCAGAGACGUGUCUCUACAGUAUCCAUUAGCUCUGGCAAGCCUCCUAACUCAUCUGGAUCUCAGAAAAGCUUUAAUCCAAGACAGGAUCCAAACAUAAGGAAACCUCCAUCAGCUGGCAGUAGCAAAGUGUCAAAAUGGGUGUCUAAACUCCACACAACAUCCACUGGUGUCUCGCUGCCAGAGGUGGAACACAUCGGACCCCUGGAACCAGACAUGGGCCUGGCACAGAGAAGCGGAACAGAAAUUUAUAAUGAUGGCUACAGUGAGAUGACAGAAGAGGUGGCAGUGACCAGUAAGAAGACCUGCACUCUACCAGAGAAGUGUAUCUACCUGGGACACGUGCUCUGCUUCCUGCUGUCUGGAACCUCCUGUAUCCUUGUCAUCCUGUAUGGCCAGAAGUUUGGGGCAGAUAUUGCCCUCCAGUGGCUGCUGGCCCUGCUGUUUUCCAUCAUCUUCUCCUUCCUGUUUAUGGAGCCGCUGAAGGCUCUUAUCAUUGCCCUUUAUCUGGCAGCCUGGGAGAAAAAGACAGAGGAUACUGAUGAUGUCAUUGACAAUGAACCCAAGUUUGACAUGUCUAAUGAGCUUGUAAAGGAGGUGAAAUUCAGUCCAUUGAGUGGCUUUGCCUUGUUGAAGGCCAAGGAAGAUGGGAUAAAGAUUCAGAGGUUGCGUCUGAUGUUUCGGCAGUUUGUGGCCUACAUGUUCUAUUUGUUGUUAGUGAUGGCUCUUUGUUACACUAACUUUACACAGCACACAUACAACAUGUCACAGGCUGUGGAGAGGAGCUUUGUCAAAACCAACAUGCCAGAUACCAACAAAUCAUUCCGAAAUAUAUCCACCAUUGGUGAGAUUUGGAAAUGGACUCAGUCUGUGUUGAUCAGCAGCCUCCACUAUGACGAGUUUAGCUCCUACACAGAGCUUAACACCUUGCUUGGUGUGGCCAGACUGAGACAGGUCCGAGGACUCAGGGAGCCUUGCCCAGUAAAAGACUAUCCUCUUCACCCUGGCUUGGAGAGUUUAGCAGGAGUUGGUGACUGUGAGGGAAGUCUGGGAUACACGGAGGAUAAAUAUCACUAUGGAUACAUGUGGAACAUCACUCAGUCUCAGAAUCUCUCCUGGCGAUUCCACUCAGACAGCCAGACAGGAAGUAAAAGGAGAGAGGGCCAUGUGUUCUCUUAUGGAGGAGGCGGCUAUGUUCAGUCUCUUGGCUCCAGCUACAAUGAGUCACUGACUACUCUACAAGACUUACAAAGCAAGGACUGGAUUGAUCUCAGGACCAGGGCUCUUUUCAUUGAUUUCACCCUUUAUAACGCUGCUGAGGAUCUGACGACCUUCACCACCCUGAUGAUAGAGUUCCCCCUGACAGGAGGGAUCAACACCACCUUUGAUAUCCAGACUCACCAUCUCCUCAGAUUUGUUGACGGAGUUGUGGACCCCCUUAUGGUGUGCGAGGUGAUCCUUUUCGCGGUGGUUUUGUACUACCUAGUCCACAUAGUGCUCCAGAUCCGUCAACUGGGGAAACCCUACUUCUGUGACUUCUGGAACUGGCUGGAAAUGUUGACCACUCUGAUGGCCAUUGUAAGCAUUGGACUGUACAUCGGCUGUGUGGUGACCGCCACCGAUACCUUCUCCACCUUUCUGAACAAUCAGAGAGCCUUCACUAACUUUGAGAGGGUGGCUGACAUCCACACAGCUGCUAGGUAUCUACAUGCCUGGCUGCUCUUCUUCCUUAUGUUUAAGGUGGUAAAGCAAAUCCGUUUUAUCAAGUUCCUUCACAAGUUUGAGAAGACACUAAAUAUUGCCUUCCCAAAAUUAAUGGGAGUCAUGCUCAUCUUUGGCAUCCUUUAUCUGAAUCAUGGAAUGAUUGCAUACUUGUUCCUGGGAAAUCACAUGGAUGGAUUUGAGGACUACUGGACCACUUUGAUGACCCUGCUAGGAAUGAUCAGAGGGACCUUCAACUUCUUCCCUCUACUGGCCAUGGACACCAUCUUUACUCACUGUCUCUUCUAUUCCUUUUACAUCUUCACAUACGGGCUGACCAUUGCUCUCAUAAUUGCUGUGUUGAACGACUCUUACAAAACAGUCAAAUCACAAAUGUUUUAUAAAAGCACUCUGGACCUUCAGGAUUAUGAGAUGAUUGAUUUCAUGAUGAAGAGGUUUAAACUCUGGGCUGGGUUUGAAAAACCCAAAGAGAAGACCAGAAGAGUUCGUUUUGAAGGGCAGCGCUCAGUAUCAGACAGAUGUUCGACUAGUCAUUCUAACCGUUCGUACAGCGAGCUGGAGGAACCAGCCCUCCCUGUACCGGCCAAGUCCUCCAUGUCAGCGGCGGCUCUCUUGUCCUCCAAGUGGGAGGAUCUCCUUAAGACAAUGAAAAGGGUGGAGUUUUUGGAUGAGAAGGAGGAUGAGAUGAUUGCCAAAACACAAAAAGAAGUGGACGAAUGGGACUUCCAGAGUCGCAUUAAGAAUUAUGAAUCUGAGAGACAAGGUCUGCUUCAGUGGAAACAGACACCUAGUGGUGACAGAGGCAGGCCUGUCACAAAAACACCCCACAGGACAAUGACCCAGAAAAGUCUGCCCGCAAAAACUGAGCUUCAGCCCUCUAGUAGUGCUAGUGGACCGGUAAAGCCGGCGGUGCCUACGAAGAGUGGCCGGCGCCCUCUCAGUGACGGUGGGCGGAUAGCCUCUGAAAAUGUGUCAGAGGCACGGCCACUGGGCUCACGGGAGAGAAAGUCUAUUUACAACUUUUUCAAAAGUAUAAAGCCCUCUAAGUCAGCGUGGAAUAAUUAAACAAUUAGUGAUGUGAAAAUAAAUUCAGUGCUCCAUUGUGUUCAAAUAAUUGGACAGAACUGUGGUUCAUAGUGAUAUAUUGAUGAAAUGGAUAGGACCAUGAUAAAUUUUCAAAGGAUGACAGUCAUUAAAUACCACUUCAGGGAUUCAUUUUUAGUUAUCAUAUCAUGUAGAUUCAUUUCAUUGUCAUUGGACUUAAUGAACAUUGCAUAUCCAGUGCUAAUAUAUUGGUUCACAAUAGAAUACCUAUAGGGUAUACAUGUAUAUGUCUCAAUAAAAUGCCAAAUAAUGAAAUGAGAGGAAGAAAAGACUUUCUGAAGAGUUGGAUAGAAAAAUGGGAAUAUUGUUGAGGAUUAUGUGUACAACAUGCUGCAAAGUUUCUGUGAAAAAAACCCAUAAAACAUAAAUAUUCAAUUAUGCCUUCCAGUUUGAAAGGCAAUACAGAAGUGCCAACUUUUCUUUGAUAAAACAAGAGGUGAUAAAAUGUUUUUAUUUACUUUAUGCAUUAGUUUAAUCUUAUAUGAGUUGUACAAGCCAGUUUUUGUUUGGUAGAUUUUUAAUGUUAUAGAAUAAUGAAACCAUAUAGACAAUCAGUCAUUAUAUUCUUGAAAUCAAAAUGAUCAAUAUUUUCUGUAGUUGAUUAUAUACACUCCUUAACACACUGCUGCUGUUUGGGGAUUAAGGGUUAAUUUGUAAUCUUUGAAUAAGAUAAAUAUAUGAAAUGUAUGCUUUCUGUUGCAAAUAAUCAGCAAUAUUCAAAUUCAUUCUUACUAUUCCAACAUCUAGAUUCACCAUCUCCUGUACAUGUUUUUGUCAACGGCAUACAAAGAGUUUGUUCUUGAAAUGAUGACUAUUUUUGUAUUCAGAUGCUGGUGCUCUUUUUGUUCUUUCAACAAAUCAUUUUUCUCAGUAAAGCUUUUCAUUGAUGUACGUUUUGAGUUAUGCCCAAGUGGUCAAUUGUUGUGAAAUUUUAGAUUUUCCUCAAAUUAUAGAGUUCUUAGAAAUGGUCUUUUGCAAACUAAAUGUGAUAAUUGACAAUCCAUGUAAUAAGUAUGAAAAAGUACCGGUAAUUAACACCAACAAAUAUUCUCUUUUAUUGUUAACAUUGUGCUUUAAUUUUCUUGAUUUCAAAAACUAGCAAUGAAACUCAAUAGUACAUACUGAAACAAUAAUGUUGCCAAAUUUAUGUGAAUUCUAUUGUACAUGAAUAUUACUGUGCCAAAAGUAAAAACUAAAAGGGAUGUACUUAAAUCUACCAGUAUGAUAUAAGAAAUUACCAGAGGGUAAAUGCGGUGAAACUUAUCAACAAAAAGAAAGCAAAAUAUUGUACAUAUAUAUUAAACUGACUUUUUUCACCUUUUCAAAAUUAAUUUCAUUAUUAUUUUAUAUUAUUUUACCAAUGAACCGUCCACAUUGUUGACAUACUUAAAUGUAUGAAAUUUUUAUUUUCUUCAAAAUAUGCAUUCAGGUUAAUUUACGAUAUGUGAUAUAUGCAGUAUUAUUUAUCAACAUACAUGUAUUUGUUAUGAAUUUUUAUAUAUUGUUGACCAAAUUUUAUGGGAAACAUAGUAUUUUUAUUUUAGUAUGAAGAGUAUAUAUAUAAAAGCUUAUGUGCUAGCAGAAAUGAGUGAAAUGUUGCCAGUUUGUUUACACUUUAAAUGUGCAACUGUUUUUCUUCAACAUGUGAUAGAAAGUGAUUUUGUUUACAUUUAUGAAUAUAAUUCAGACAGUAGAACUAGGGCUCUUUUGUCAUUUUAGACCUUUAUCUUAUGUUGCACCUACUUCCAUUUGUUAUCAACUUAUAUAUACAACCCACUGACAAAGGUGUACAUAUAGGGUUCUUCUAUACAGGAUCUGAUCCAAUCCAACAUUCCAAUUAUCCAACGUUAAGUUUGCUCAGGCCACAUCCUGAUUUUUGGAGACCUUUGAUCAUCACAGACAAACGGUUAAUCAGACAACUUGGACAUUCUGACAAAAGUUGUUUCCCCUGUGUAUGUUGGAUUGGACAGAUAUCUACUUUUUAUAUUUUUUAAAUAAAAAUGGCCUUACUAACCAAAAUUUUUGCUCAAUAAAAAAUGUUCAAUGAUGUACUUACAAUAUUUUUCAAAAUUCAAGUUCAUUGUUAAUAGAUUCUAAAAAAAAAAAGAUAAUUUUAAUAUAUAUCAUGUUGCUUUAAAUCUAGCAUUUCAGAAUGCACAUAUAUAUAUAUUUAUUCUGACAGAAUUAUCAUUGACAAAAUGUUGAUUUUUCUUUAAUGUUAAGUUUUCAUUUAUAAAAAGUGCUAAUCAUUAUCUUAUUUUCAUGGAAUUUGGUGCCUAUUACACAUUGAAAGCAACAAUUCAUCAUGUAAAAGUGCCUUUUGAGUAAUAGUACUUGUACCAGUAGUUUAUUGUGAACUUUCAUGACAUUUUUGUCCUUGGACUACUUAAUUUGUUCAUGCCCACUUUUAUGUUUUUUUAAAAUUAUAUUUUAAAUCCAGUCUCUAUUAUAUUGUUGAUUUGCACAUUGUCUGUUAAUGUUAUAUCUUGUUUUUGUAUAUAAGAGUGAUUUAUCUUCUAGGUGCCUUUCUAGCGUCACCAUUUCUACUGUAUCUGACGAGUGUCAUUAAAGCGUGCUGCUUCUUGACUGAU